AUGGUGCCUGUUAAGCGUGUUGCGGUCAUCGGCGCCGGGCCGGCGGGAGCCAUUGCGAUAGAUGCCCUGGCGCAAGAAAAGACCUUUGAUAUUAUUCGUGUAUUUGAGCGCCGCGAGGGCCCUGGAGGCUGUUGGAUUGGCGACUCAUCACAACCUCCAACCCUCCGUGACUUUGCAUCUCUGGCGACAAGAACAGCUGAUCCCCCACUAUCUAUCCCCGAGAGUCUUCCUGCGCAGACUCCAAAGUCAGAUCAACCUCGCUUCACUGAGUCGUCCGUUUACCCUUAUCUGGAAACCAAUGUCGACUUUCUGCCCAUGGAGUUCGCUCAAGAACCUUUCCCAGAGGAGCGCAGCGAGCUCUCCAUAUCUCACCACGGACCUAAAACUCCAUUCCGAAAGUGGGAUGUGGUCCGAAAAUACGUGAGGAGUCUCGUAGAGCGCCGGGGUUACGGCGACUGGGUUUCAUACAACACCACAGUCGAGCGGGUCGAGAAGGUGGGGACGGAGUGGAAAGUAACGCUUCGAAAAGAUGGAGAGAAGAGUGAUUAUUGGUGUGUUGAGUGGUUUGAUGCGGUCGUCGUGGCGAGCGGACACUUCUGGGUCCCAUAUAUACCCCCAAUAGAAGGCCUGGAGGCAUUUGAGAAGACCAGACCGGGCAGCGUACUUCACAGCAAACAUUUCCGUGGGAGAGAGGCGUUUGUCGGCAAGCGAGUUGUGGUUGUAGGCGCAUCCGUCUCAGCAGCUGACAUCGCAUUCGACCUUGUCGAAACGGCAAAGGAACCAGUCCAUGCAAUCACAAUCGGCCAUGCUGCUAACGGGUACUUCGGCGAUGAAGCAUUCAACCACCCCAAGAUACAAAAGCAUCCCUCAAUAGAACGAGUCUCGAACAGGACUGUGCACUUAACAAACGGAAAUUGCAUCACAGACGUUGACCACAUAGUCUUCGGCACAGGCUAUAGCUGGACGCUGCCAUUCCUACCCGCAGUCCCAGUUCGCAAUAACCGUGUCCCUGAUCUUUACCAACAUGUUGUUUGGCAGAAAGAUCCGACAUUAUUGUUUGUCGGCGCCGUCGCGGCUGGUCUGACAUUUAAAGUAUUCGAAUGGCAAGCGGUUUUGGCUGCACGGCUGCUGGCUGGCAGAGCCACUCUACCUUCUGCUGACGUGAUGCAAAAAUGGGAAGCAGAUCGUAUCGAGGUUCGGGGUGAUGGCGUGAAAUUCACACUGCUCUUCCCAGACUUCGAAGACUACUUCGAGACAGUGAGGCUUCUAGCUGGCGAAGGGGAGGAGGGCAAGGGCCGCAAGCUGCCAAAAUUCCGCCGCGAGUGGGUGAGGGCAUUUUUUGAGGGACAUGAGCGCCGCAAGGCUAUGUGGAAGAGGUUGAACUUGAAAUCUCGGGCGGCGCUGAUGAAUACUGAGACUAUCCACAAGGAAGUAGCUCGGCUUUGA